AUGUCAUCGAAAAAAGAUUGGUUCAUUGAGGCUAUUAAAAAAGGAUUUAUUAAAUCAUUUGAUUAUAGUUCAUUUGAAGCUUUUAAGCCAAUUGCUAAAGGCGGAUUUGGCAUUGUAUCUAAAGCUUAUCUUAAAGAUGCUGAUAAAGUUGUUGCUUUAAAGUGCUUGUAUGAUGGACCUACUAAAGAUAACGAAGAAUCUUUUGAUGGCUUCAUUAGAGAAGUUAGAAACAUUGCUAAAGUUGAUUAUCAUGAUAAUAUAAUCGGAAUCACGCAAGUAAUGGUUCCAGGACUAGAUAAUUAUGAAAAUGAUGACCUAGGUGCUCAUGAUCGUCGCAUUUAUGCUUCGUCUCAACAAAUAUAUUCGAUAGUACAAAGAUUUCAGCAAUUGACAGUUGUGGAUCAAGAUAGUCCUAAUGUUGAUGAAUCAAAUGAUCUACAAACUAAUCACAAUGAAGAUGUUGAUAAUGUUUCUGUUAUUCAAGAAUCCAAUUCAUCUGAAAUUCCUAAUGCCGAUGCUCCGAAUAUCUUUAAUGAUGGUCAAGAAGCAGAUUUGAUAGAUAUAAGCGAAACAUCUAUUUUGACAAGUUCGAAUGAAACAG